AUGUACCUGAUCACUGUGUUUGGAAACCUCCUCCUCAUCCUGGCCGUCAGCUCUGACUCCCACCUCCACACCCCCAUGUACUUCUUCCUGGCCAACCUGUCCUUUGCAGACAUCUGUUUCACCUCCACCACCGUCCCCAAGAUGCUGUGGAACAUCCAGACUCAGAGCAAAGUGAUCACUUACGCAGGCUGCCUCAGCCAGAUGUAUUUUUUCAUACUCUUUUCAGGAUUAGAUGUCUAUCUCCUGACUGUGAUGGCCUAUGACCGCUUUGUGGCCAUAUGUCACCCCCUGCACUACAUGGUCAUCAUGAACCCCCAUCUUUGUGGUCUGCUAGUUCUAGUGACCUGGAUCAUAAUUGUCUCCUUAUUUUAUUGUACAGGCCUAGGAGUGUACCUUAGCUCUGCUGCUACCCAGAGCUCCCACGCAAGUGCAGUGGCCUCGGUGAUGUAUACAGUUGUCACACCUAUGCUAAACCCCUUCAUCUACAGCCUUAGGAACAAACAAAUAAAGAGGGCUCUGAUGAGAUUCUCUGGGAUGGCAGCUCUAAAAGGGUGA